CGCGGCCACUGGGCUCUGCAGAGCGAAGCGAGUGGUCAGCGCGGAGCCGGAGGUGCGCGUGUCCCAUCCCAAGGCCGACGACGCCAGCUCGCAGGCAUGGCCCCCGCAGCGGCUUCGGGUGGCAGCACACUGCCCAGUGGCUUCUCGGUCUUCGUCACCUUCCCUGACUUGCUCUUCAUCUUUGAGUUUAUCUUCGGAGGCCUGGUCUGGAUCCUGAUCGCCUCCUCCCUGGUGCCCAUUCCCUUGAUCCAGGGUUGGGUCAUGUUCGUGUCUGUGUUCUGCUUCGUGGCCACCACUUCCCUGAUGGUCAUGUACAUAAUUGGUACUCAUGGCGGUGAGACGUCCUGGAUCACACUGGAUGCAGCCUACCACUGUGUGGCUGCCCUGUUUUACCUCAGUGCCUCAGUUCUAGAAGCCCUGGCCACCAUCACAAUGUACGAUGGCUUCACCUACAAGCAAUACCAUGAAAACAUCUCUGCAGUGGUGUUUGCCUACGUGGCCACUCUGCUCUACGUGGUCCAUGCCGUGUUUUCCUUGAUCAGAUGGAAGUCUUCAUAGGACGGAAGAUCCAGAGUUGGAAACCCAGAUGGCAUUAACUGACCAGCCCUUCUCCCCCAUUAACUUCCUAGAGCACAGAUACGACAGUGGAGGAAAGAAAACCAGCCAAAAAGCAAACAAAACAAAAACAAAAGGAAGCCAUGUUCUGUUUCUCUUGGGUGUCAUGUUUACCUUCUGUCAAGGGUUAAGGGCUUGCUGUGUUUAACCUCCGGCUGAGGGAAGAAGGAGCUGUCUUGCCAGGGGUCUCUGCCCUUGACAGGGACAGUGGAUGGGAACUGGGAACUUUGAUCUGAAGAAAUGACGAUUUUCCCCUUGACCCUAAGAACAUGUCUUAAGAAUUGCCUCUUGGAAUUCCCCACAGGCUCUUUAGAGCAUUCAUCCAUCUCCUGGCAUGUCUUAGUCUUUGUGGAUAGUCUGAAUGUCACAGGGACUGAAAUUCACCCAACAGAGGUCUCCAGAUGUUCAUGGUGGAUGAUGAGCCCCUCUGAAAUACUUUAUUAAAUGCCUUUAUAUCUUGCUUCAAAGGUAUGGGGGUAGAGAGGUUGUUUUUCAUUCUCUGGGAUCAGGGACACCUUCCAGUCAACUUCUUCCUGCAGAAUCCUUUGACUUAACCUGACUCUCAAGGGACAUUUCAGAUGUGCAUGCUGGGCCACUCUUCCCCAGCUUGACUCACUGAGGACCCCACCAUCACAACAAUGUCCACCAGGAUAGCAGCUCCCUUGUAGGGAGAUCCUAGGGUGCUCCACCUUUUUCUUUCAAGACACAGUAGUCUGCUCAAUUAGAAUUUUCUCAAGUCUUGAGAAAACUAGCUAUGGGCAUUUCUUCCCUCUCUUCAUAAGGCUGAUCUAAAAUGCUCUGUCUGGGUGUCUGUGGUCUCUCAAGGUGUGUGGACACAUCUUCUGACCACUCCUUGGGGGAGAAAAGGGACCAGACUGCAGCGUGAAGAGACAGGCAAUGACUACUUGUGGCUGCCAUAUUCCAGGUUAGGGACAUCUGACCUGAAAGGAGAAAAUAUGAUAAGGAAGGAUGUGGAGAAUCUGGAAAGUCAGAUUCCCCCUAGGAGAUCUCACCUUGACCCCACGGCUUAUAGAAAUGAGUGAUAGUGUAGAGUCGAGCCCCAGACACAGUAGGAGAUGAGCGCCACAAUUAAAUUGGAUUUGGGAAUUUUUCUACCUUGGUUCUGAGUAUGGAACCCAGGGCCUGUGCAUGCUGGGCAAACACUCUACUGCUGAAUCUCACCCUCAGCUUCACAUUGGGUCUUAAUGGCACGUCCAGGAGAACAUUUGCUAUCCCAGCAUCACUGGUACCCAAAUUUGCCAGUUUUUCCACUUUACACAGCCAAAAUUUCAUAGUAAAACAUAAGGAAAAGAUUAGGUUGGGAUUUAUUUUUAAAAUUUAAAAUAUAAACUAGGAGAUGAUAUGAAGUUCAUUAUAAUGUUUAACAAAAUUUGAAACAGUGUUGACUGGAAAGUUUUACAUUUUCAACAAAACUGCACUAUAACAUUAUACUAACCAGCAGCCCAACAUGAAUGAGGAUCACUUUUUGACAGGAGGGAGGGAAGGAGAAAGGAAGGAAGGAAGGAAGGAAGGAAGGAAGGAAGGAAGGAAGGAAGGAAGGAAGUCAGGCAACUAAGAUGAAUUUCCCAAGGAUUUCUCAAUGUUUCAGAUUUUUAAUCAUUAAAAGAAACUUUCAUACAA